UGGAACAAGCCAGAUUGGCCACACUUGGCAAAGCUUGUUUUCAUUAAAGGCUGGCUAGCAUUAGUACAACGUCAUCUCAUCCUCUGCUUUUCGGACGGAGCCAGAGCCCGAAAUGAUCAGGGCCGGGGACAUGAAAGAUGGGCGGAGCAGCUGUGCUUUUCUAAGGUUUGCCUUUGGUCUUCUUGCCUCCGUGACCUGUUUCCAAAAGAAUGCUAGGAGCUUCCAUCCGUGCAGCACGUCGUACGGGUUCAGUUGCACCGGCUCUGCCUCUAGACUGGAGCGCCAGAAUAGGGAUGUUUACAUGCAUAAGCUUCACAAUGUACCACAACACAGCAAGUUCAGGAAGCUGACCAGGCUUGACCCUAAGAACUCCAACCUGGGGCAUGGCUGCAGCCAUGAUGGCCGUCGUUCUUUCGGUGAUUGGUGCAUCUGGUUGUAAUGUCUUUGGUGGCAGCAUCACGGUUAGAAAUCCCACACAGCGAGACCGAAGCAACCCGCAAGCCAAGGGUCCUCAAAGAUGUCCUAGGCAACUGCUUUUGUCGGUUCUGCGCGUUGUUGCUUCCUAGAGAGAGAGUUGGCCGUCCUCCUGCUCUCUGCUCACCACUUCUGCUUUGCCUUGUCUACUGCCUUCUGGUCCUUUGCG